AGGUGUUCGUGGUGUGCGCUUUAAUGCGGCCGUGCACGCUCUAUACGUCAAGUGCGGUCAAGAGUUUGCAUGGUCAUACUUGGAGGACACACUUUGCCAAUUUAUACAGAGCUUCAGCAAACAAGAAAUGGCUACGGAAGCCAAUCCAGAUGUGGAUCCCAAUUCUCUAGAUACGCAUCUAUUGCAGUAUCUUUACGUAGGACAAGAAUGUCCAAAAUAUCAACCUGGAAAUUGGUUUGUUCAUAAUUACUAUUAUGCUCACCGUGUACCCUCGAUAGCGCAGCUUGCUGAAGACAAAGCAAAAGAAGGAUUACCAGUGGAAUUAAUUUUGAAGGCUUAUGAAAGUAAACUUGUUCAAAAUCAAGAAACCUUAGUAUUUGCAUUGGCAGUUUGCGCAAGACAAGAUAAGAGCGAAGUCCUCCGCCAUAAGGCAUACGAAGCAAUAAAGACAGUUUGUCAGAUGCCGCAACAUUUUAUUUUAUUUGUUAAGUUUGCGUCUCAACUUAGUAAGCAACAACCAGACCCAAAACAUGGAUGGGGCCAUGGUUGGCGAAAAGCAGUUAAUAACUGGUAUCUUUCGAAAAAUGCACUUGAAUUGGCAAAGUGUGUUACACGGUAUAAGGGCAGAUAUGGAUGGAAACACAAGGAUAUAAUCAAGCUUGCACAUCCAGCACCACCUAAAGAUGACAUAGCAAUGCGGGCAGUACUAAGAUACAUCGCAUAUGGAUUCAAAGACACAAAAAGCCAUUUUCAGCAAUCUAUGGAUAAUGAACAACUAUCCGAAGUUAUUCAGUACAUUGAAAAUAUUGAGGACUUUAAGCACUGUGAGGAUGAAGUUAGGGCAGCUCGAUUAAUAGAAGUUCAUAAUUUGACCUUAGAUCACGUACCUGGACAUUUUCUAAAAUCCGAGGAGGUGUGGAAUGCAUUAAUACCAACCAUGGAUUUGACCACUUUAUUGAAUAAUCUGCAGCGAAUGCAUAACAUGGGGCUGUUAAAAUCAAAUGCACCAGGAGUGGAAAAAAUAACUGACGCAAUUUCAAAUGUAAAGAGUUUAGCGAGUGAAAAGAUUCAUCCAGCUCUUGUAUUGAUUACCAUAAAAAAUUAUGAAAAUUCAGGAAAACCUUUAUCCUAUGAAAAGCGGGUAGUUCAACAAGAAGCUGAGAAGCCACUGCCAUCACCUCCAAAACCAAAUCAGACAAUCGUCAAAGCCUUAUACAAGACUCUAAAUCUCACCCUAGCACACCUUGAACCGACUCGAUUACGGUACAUGGUUGUGAUCAAUAUGAAUAAAUUAAUGUUGGAAAGUCGUGCUUGGCGUAGUGGAAAUGUCACUGCUGCCGAAGCAGGCUGUCUGAUAGCUUUGUCCUUGCUUCGCUGUGAGAAAACUGUAACUGUGGCAACAUUUAAACACAUUGGAGUUCAUGUAGUCAAUUUAGAUAGGAAUGGUACCUUCGGUCAAGCAAUGAGGAAGCUGCAACAAGCUCCAGUUGGUACAGUUGAUAUCAGCAAACCCAUGUCUUGGGCUACACACCAGAACAAAAAAUAUGACAUUUUCAUUAAUAUCGUGGAUCAGAUUACACAGAAACUUGACGAAUCUAGAGAAGCUAUUAAGGCUUAUAGAACUAAGAUGAAUUUACCGAAUGUUAAAUUGGUAAAUUGCACAAUGUGUACACCGGCAGUACCUGACGUGGACGUUCCAGACAAAAACGUCUUAACAAUCUGUGGUUUCGAUGCUGGCGUACCCAAGAUCAUAGAGGCUUUUGCAAAGUCUUUAUUCUAACCAUCCCGGUACCAACAGGAGCAACAACGACCCCACUUCUCUUCUUUCGUUCACCAUUAAUUAGGAAGGUACGUUCACGAAAGAGAUCUCCUUAAAGAAAAUUUUCUUAGACACAAUCGAUACUUAUCGUACGUUGAAUUCCGUUAAUAGAAACGUUACUUUUGUACCUCAUCACAUGAUAGUAUAGAAAAUCGAGAAAGUCUCGGCAUUUUUGAGUUAAGGCAGAGGAAUGUGUUGUACGACACUACAAAACGAGCCGAAUAGGUAAAGGAUUCCAGAUUCAAUCUCAAAAUCUGAAUAUUGUUUUCCUAUCACCUCUUUAGUCAAUUCCUCGAAGUUACGAAGAUAUUGUACGGCGGCGAGUUAUCCGAAUCUAAUAUUUUACCUAAGGAUAAAGCUGUUUAAUUUCAGAGUGAUUCGAAUAAGCGAUUUCGAAACACAGAUACUGUAAGCAUCUCACUCAGUAAUUAGUAAUGCGCCGAUAAAACGCUACUAUUUAGAAAUCACGUGUUUUAAGCGAGUGUAACCAUUAGAUGGAAGUUCUAAUCGAAUCACGAGAUUUCCAUGACAGGCCGUUGAGAAUUUGUUUCUUAAGCUACUGGCACAGUGUUCAUAAUCAACGUAUUACAGAAACCGUUCUCAAAAUGAAGGACGCGUUGGAAAACGAAUUACGUAUUACAUUCGGAAGAAUGGCUGGUGUUGGCAAAUUAAUCUUAAUGGAUUAGUACCAAGCGUCCAAUAUUACUAUCAUUACAUGAUUACAUUAUACAGUAAUAAUAUUUACUGCAUGUUUGUUAGUAUUUAGACUAAGUGUAAAGAUAAUUGUUUUAUUUUCUUUCUCCUUAUUCUGCGGGUUGGUUCCAAAUUGUCUACUAAUAUUAUUUUAAUUAUAUAACCAGUGCACUAACGAGAACAUACUUCGCGGGAAGUUAUGGCUUUUUUUUUAUUAAUGCUACUGCCAGUAAAUUGUGCAACAUAUACAUACAGGGACAAUGAAAAAUCGAAGACGUCACGUCGAUACAUGGGACCGCCCUAAUUUUUUAAACGCGAGUUAACAUUUUAUUUUUGUAUUGAGAUUCGUCGCACGUUUCACGAAGAAAAAAAUAUGAGAACCUGAAUAACGCGCAGCAGAGAAUAAUAGCAUUAAGACUGGAUACACAUAUACAUAUAUUAGAUACAUAGGCGAUAUCUAAAACGGUGCAUUUGUGACUAAUUGUAAAGAGGACUCGUUUAACUUAAUUGCUUGCUUAUUUCCACGGGUUGGCGGUGAAGCUUUUUACGAGAACUUUAAUAAGGUAUAUAGAUUUAAUGCGAGUUCUAAGACGAUACCUUUCUGGGACCCGCGCGCCUCUGGAUUAAAAAAAAAAACUCGAUUAAUAAGAAAAAAUGCAUAGAGUGUUGAAAAUUUUCCCACUGUGAUACGCAUUUAGCCCCAAAGAGUAUAGACUUACAUUAGUAUAAUUUUACUGUUAUAUCUCAUAUUUGCCAUAUCCAAAGUGAAGUGACGACAAAUAUUAAAUACACUACUGAUACAAUACUGUGAUACGAGAUACAAUGUUAUUGUUCAAACUAGGGAAAAGGUGUAAGUAAAACGGCGGGGGCGCGCCUCGGGUCCGCUUAAUUUGUUGAUUAGUAUCGAUAUAUCGAUUAGUGAAUAAAUUUACGUUGAGAGACAUACAUACGACAGUAUCCAGAUGUACCUCUAGUUGUUUCGUCGAUCUGCGAAUUACCUUAUUGAACUCGGACUUCGAGAGGUUUACGUUUGUUAAAAGAAAUUCCGUCUUCUUUGGCGACUCGUUUUCUCCUUGUGUUGAAAUCGUUGCUAGAAUUUCGAUGAUCAAAUAAUCGAAUUUUACUAAGGGUACUUCCAUUGAAGUAGUAAUGAGAGGCAUUUCUGACGUAUCUGAUAUUUAAAAAUAUCUCUAAAGGAUAUAUCUUGGAACAGAGUUGAGAGAAUCUCAAUAAAUGUGAUAAGACUUUUUUUUUUAAUUUACUGAGCCAUUUUUUCGAAACUACUCAAUUUUUUCCUAGAACGAACGCAAGUUUACAAAACUGCUUCACAAAUAAGGAUAACGCCUAAUGCCUUUGACAACAAUUUUGUCCUAUUUUUAGCAACAUUCUUCACAAGGCUGCAGGGACACCUCAUUCUAAUUUGAACUACGCAGCUUUAACUUUCAAUUUUCAUUGAUAAUUGUGAUUUGGAAUUUUUGUCUGCUAAUUUAUACUUUUUUCUACUUAAGUCGCGUGAUAAAAAAGCAGUUGCAAAGUACAGCUUUAAGGAACAAGCUUUAAGGAACGUUUUUGUUAACCUUCUUGUGCGACCUUUAUUCUAAUACAAUAAGCUGUGUUUUAUUUGACAGCUGCUUAAACCACGAAACUAGAAAUCGAAAAAGUUUUUAUAAUUGAUUUAAAUUUUCUGUGAGAUAUCCCUCAAGAGUCGCGAAAGUCAGACCAAACAAACGUCCGUUUGGAACUCGAAUUUCUCCAGAGGAAACUCGCAUUCCUAUUUCUGUCUCUCUCGCUAACGUUCUCGGUAAUCCGUGGAUCGAAAUUAACGUUUACCGUUAUCGCUAAUGUUACUACUUAUUGUUUCAUCCUUCCCAAGGAUCUUUGUUUCUUUCUGCUCGGGCUCAGCCAAAAUCUCUCUAAGUAGUCCGACUCUUUGAACUGCAGCGAGCAGUGCACCCUUUUCUAGGGUUAUAGAAAAUUCUUAUAAAUAGGAUUAAAAUCAACAGCAUUCGAUUAAGUACUAACUCUUGGAAGGAAAUAUCACGUAAACUCCCUUAAUGUUGGGAACAAUAUUUUCGAUCUAACAGUACCCGUUAAUCCUUCUAUUAUUAUUAUUAUUUUUUAAUUAAAAGUUAGUGAUAUUAUCAUAAAACUCAACUUUUGGAAUUUUAAUGCACAUUUUAUCCAUGCAACAAUUUCUUUCAACGUAUCAUGUCAACGUCGAAUGCUGUUAUUUUUAACAGUUCAGGAAUAUCUCGGAUAAGCCUCGCUCUUAGUUGCGCGAUUCCUCCUAUUCGAAUUUCUGUCUGUUACUCGAAUAGUAUUUUUUAGAGAAAUUUUUCCUAAACCGACCUUAAGUACCGAUACGAAGCGCGUAGAGAUUAUUUAUACAUACCGAAUUGCUAUGUCGAUUCCGACUGUCAAGAGUCUGAAGGGAAAAAAAAAUAAGUAAGGUUUUUUCCCCAGGGAAUGCCUGUCGUACUGAGAAAAAAAACAACAACAAAAAACGAGGGAUAUAAUUAUUUCGGAAUAAUGUUGCGCAUCUAGAUAUUAGCAAGACUAUAGGAACUUAUUCUAUGCUACUUCUGUGUACUCGUAGCAUUAUUAAUUAUGUAUUCGGUGGAGUAAUAGUUAGUAGAGCAAGGCAUUUGAGCGUGCACGACAAUCGAAAAGUACUUCAUUGGAUGCAUUUUUGUACAACUAUCAUUGUUUUUUUUUCUGUUUCUUCGUCUCAGGAAUACAUAUUGCGGCAAUGAAAAAUCUUAAAGCAAACAAUGAGUUUAUUCGUGAUUAGAAUUCAAGGGCUAAUGUCAGUAGAGGCCCUGAUUUGCUUGAAAGAUGUAUGAUUUAUAAUACAAAACGCACUUUUUUAUAUCAAUGGGCUAAGUUAAGUAAGCUGCGGAUCUUUUUGAAUAUUAGCGGCCGGAUAAUUUGGACGUGCAUUCGGUACAAUGAGCGAUUAUUUAUGUCAUUUUACUUCGAAGGUUUCUAUUUCGUUUUAUUUUUAGUCUCAUGUGAUGUAUAUUGUGGGGAAGGUAUUUUUCGAUUGUACCGCACCGAAUACUUGUAUUCGUUAAUUAAUAUAAGAGUACGUCCGAAGUAAAGAAGGGUUAAAAGGAGAAAGAAUAAUCAGCGGAAAAACGAAGCCAAUUCUGCAAAAAGCCGUCUCAUGAAUUCUGUACUUUCCGCACCGUCAAAGUUUCGAGGUUUACCGAAUUCAAGAUGCUCUUCUCCGCGUACGAUUAAUGAAAGAAGAAAAACAAUAUGUUGAAUGUGUUCAUACUAGUUGAAAGAAAAUAUUUACAGUAGGGGCGGGGAACUGAAAAAUACUGGGGAAAACUGCGAGAAAUUCCAUUUUAGCAAUUAAACGAUUACACUGUUGUAGACGAAACGAUCGACGUAUGUGGAGCAUAUCCUAAUGUUUCUAUAAUAACGGAUUCUCGUAAAUAUUAACGAGACUAGGUUAAUAAUUGAUUUUCUGUAGAAAAGAAAAGGAAAACAUUCGAUCGGCUUAGAAUCUACUUAUUGCAUUACGGAAUAUACGCAACUAAAACUGUGAACCGUUUUGUUACUGUACAAAUCUUGUUAAUUAAGCUAAGCCACGUAAUGCAAAGAACAUCGGUACGUUUAUUUCGUUACGGAUUCAUUUUUGUUUAAUUUACCCUCAGGGUGCAUUUACUAGAACGUAAAUUGGAUCUAAGUUAACGCUACUGAAGUCAUGUCCCAUGCUAAUACGUGAACAAAAACAAACGUUUGAUGCUGACUAAUCAUUUAAAGGUACUCUAGUCCUCAGCAUUUAAACAAUCCAAUCAGGAAUGAUUAUUUUGACGUUUAUAACAUUCCGAAACCUUUUGACACCAUUUAACGAACGCUCAAGGGACGAUUAAUACAAUUUGUUAACAAAUAUUUUUUAAUAUGAGCCAACUGGUGACCCAAGCUCGACGUGUUCAAGUGUUUGAUACAAGCAUUACUUUGCCGAAAAGUAAUUUAUUCCGAUACGUGUAUUUAUCGGCGUGUUCUACAUCUUCAAAAUGAACACCCAUUAAACCACUAUCGUUCCAAGUGGUAAAUCGUCAAUAAACUUCCACAUACGUCGACUCGCGGCCAGAUUAAGUCGAACAAAGCAGCAAGCAGCUUCCUAGCUGUGAGAAAAUCCGCGAAACUCUGCAAAGUAAUCGCAAUUAAUGGCUUUUACUUCGACCAGGAAGCACAAGAUAUAUAGCCGAUAUAAAUGUGUAUUCAGGCGAAUAGUGUUCUCUAUAUAUAGAUAUACAGAACACUAUAUAUAUACAUAUAUACAUAUAUAUAAUUAACGAUAUACGAUACUAACAUGAAGUACGUGUAGCACGAUAGCACUAUGUUCCUUAAGAUUAUAAAUUGAAAACGAGGGAAAACGGAAAUACCUUUCGACGCGACGAGCGCGCUCUCGCGGAACGACUGGCAACGAACCGCGCGUCAAAUGCUCAAAAUUUGUCCCAGGAGAAACCGGAGCCAAAAACAAAAAGAAAACGUACGACGACGUAGCGAAGAAACCUAAUCCCGUUGUACAAAAGAGACAGCCGAAUACCUCAGUUGGCUCAUUGUUUUUCCUGCUGUAGCGAAAAAAAAAAGUUAAUUAUUAUGCCGGGCGCGCGAGAGCGAACGUCGCGCGAUCGCAAAAAAAAAGAAGAAGAAGAAGAAGAACCUAACCUUAAAUCAAUCGACCACACGAGACGCGGAAAUUCGCUAGUUCGUAAUGGGUCAGGACACUUGAGUCGACUAAAAUGAAAUGCCUAUCUUUCGGCCUUACUUUUUUAUACGAGCGGGAGAGAGGGGGAGAGAGAGAACAAAAAUUAGCGAACGAGAAGGCUCUCGGUGGACACGUAUAUUGGCGCGGUUUUCUUUUUCCCCGCCGCAAAGAAAUCUCACGGAACAUCGGCAUAGUCCGAGGGUCGAUGCUGCGCGUCCGCAUUCUUAGGGAAAAAAAAAAGUUAUAUCGGGACGAUAGUUAUUAACGAAAUAUCGCUCUAAGCGAACCUAGGGAAUCGUUUUCCACAUGGGCAUGUUAGGGAGCGAGAAAAUGGAGCUGAGAGAUCGCGACCUAGGCCGGGCGAUCGCUUCCGGGAUGACUUCCUUUUUCCUUCGGGUCGUUUAACACAUUCGCGACCGCUGACGUGAAUUCACGUCAUUUUAAAUUCUAUUCCUGAUUGCCGCUGACGUGAAUCACGUCCAUGACGAUGCACGAUACAAGUUAGCGGCAAGCAGUUUCAGAAUUUCAUUAUUUUCGCCGGUACUCAGUAUUUGAAAUGGAAAAAAUUGUGUUAACAAAGUCUCCCGAACAUGGAACAAGGAUAUUCGGAAGUUGUCCCGGACAGUCGACGGCCCCUCUGAGCGCCUUUCUCGAAUGGCAAUCUUCCGGAAACGGCGCAACAGUUGCCCUAGGUCGCGUUCCGAACUUUCUUUCGAUGUGUUCGAAACUAUUCGUACUUGAAAGCAGAGCUGAAUAAAAUACUUGCCUCGCUUGUAUACCCCUUAUGUUUUCUCUCAGCCGGAUAAGUGUUUUGCCAGCGGAAAACGUUGUUCCGUGGCGAUUAAUCGUGGCAUGAACGAAAUUACGUAGGAAAGAAAAAAAAAAGAAAAAGAAAUAGGAGAGGAUCGCUUGCUUAUCGGUGCUGGACACGGAUGAUUUCUGUACAAAAGGACUGCGGACGUUUUCGAGUAAAUAAAUAAAUAGGAAGGCUUCUCGCGUAUCGUUACAGAUUUAGCGCUCAAUCGAGCGGAGAGAGUUUCGUUAACUGCAACAGUUCUGACCGAGCCGUGUCUCAAGGGACCUUUUUUCCCGUUCCGAGGACGUCUCCCCUUUUGCCUUCGUUCAAUUGUAGGAAAUCGCUACACUCGUCUCCGCUCGGGGAACAUUCGUCCAUCUGAGAAGGUUAUCCGAUGCACGCGUGAUAACGACUGAUUAAGGCAGGGCGAAGUCGAGCUCUGCCCAAAUUGUUGCGGACACUUUACCCUCGAAAUUUAUAUUGAAAUAUACGAUACCGUCUCAAGUCAUAUGUUAACGUGACGCGUGCUCCUAAUUGUAACCGAGCGAUUCCACCGAAGACGCGGCGAGUUUCUUCGUUGGUCUCGCCCCCGUAUUAGAAAACGCCGAUUUGCCAAGCAAAUCGGCGUCCUUUGUCAUCACUCGUGGAAUCUCGACAAGGCACGUUCUUAAGGUGAAGUGAAAAACGUCGAGGAACUUGAUCGACGUCGAUAAAGAAGAUCUUUCUAAAUGCCUACGUUGCGGACGUUCGUUUUUAUAUUGA